AUGGAGAAAUUAAAAAUCCCUCCCACGAUAAAAAUCCCUCCCUGCUCAAAGGCCUGUUUCCAACACCCUUCAAAUCAGGGACUGGUAGAUUCACCAGCCACAAACUCAAAAGAAUCAUAUCUUGAUGAUCUCUCAAACCAACUGCUACAGCAACUAGACGAUCUAGUGUCAGAUAAAAAACUAGAAAGCGGUGAAAUAAUUGAACAAUCGUCUUUUGUUGGACAACUAAAAGACCAAGACGAUGAAAUCGAUGAACAGUUAAAGGAGUAUUUACAUUACACCUCAAUCACAUCAUCUGUCAAACUUCAGGAAUGGUGUGACUCUAGUGCACAUUGUUUCAAGGGCUUUAUUAUUAUAUCCGAGUGUGCACCGUACUCACCUUUUAUUUUUGCUAAUUGUGAAUCAGAAAGCCUGAUGUCAUACUCUGAAUCUGACAAUGAACCGGAAAGUUUAGAAAUCAUUACAAAAAUUGAACGAAAGGAAUCAAACAAAACAAAAGAUUCUGAAACAUCACAAAAUGUACAGCCGCCUGAUCCUGAUGAUGGGACGAGUGUUCAAAAGGAAGACAAAAAUAUCCUCCAUGUUGACCAAUACAAUAAAACCAUAGAAGAGGAGGUUUUAAAGGCUAUGGAAAAGACAAUAGAAGAACUUGAUAUAAAGCAAACUUUAACAGCAAAAAAUGUGCAAAACGAAGAAAACGGUAUGACAAAAGAACAAAAAAAUAUGAAUGCAUGGAAAUCUGACUCUGGUAAAGAAAGCGAUGACAAUAUCAAUAAAAUGAAAAGCGAGGUACACCCAAAUUCUGUCGCAAAGCAUCUGAUAGAAGAUACAAAGGGUAGAAACGAAAGUGAUAACAGCGGUUCACAUAAGAACGAAAAAUAUGUAGAUGAUUCUGGUAAUGAAGCCAAGUUACAAGAAUUACAGAAGACGAAGAAUAAAGAAAGCAGUAAUGAAAAUUGUUGCGAUUACUUUCUCAAAGGAAACAUGAGAAAUGGGGUCUAUAAGAUUCGACCAUAUGGUACCAACAGACUAAUUCAAGUAUAUUGCGACAUGAAGAAGGGUGGUUGGACGUUGAUUCAGAAGCGACAGGAUGGCACCACCAAUUUCUAUAGGGACUGGGAGGAUUACAGAGAGGGAUUCGGAGGAGUAUAUGGAGAACAUUGGCUCGGGAACAACGUGAUACACCGACUCACAAAUCAGGAUCACUACACACUUAGAGUUGAGAUGACGGACUGGGAUAAAAACCAUAAAUACGCUGAAUAUAACACGUUUGUAGUUGAUGAUGAAGAUGAAGGUUAUAAAUUACAUAUCGGGGGUUACGAGGGAGACGCCGGUGAUGGAAUGAUUAAACAUAACAAUAAAAAAUUCUCCACUCGAGAUGUUGACAAUGAUCAAGUUGUAAAGGAAUUUGGAGGAAGUUGCGCAAAGAGAUUCCACGCAGCAUGGUGGUUUUAUAAGUGCUAUCAGAGCAAUUUAAAUGGAAAAUAUUAUAGAAAUGGGAAAAUUGACGAUAAAAAAUAUGAUGGUGUAACAUGGAAACCCUGGACUGGCACAAACUAUUCACUUAAACAUGUGGAGAUGAAAAUAAGACCGAAUUUAGAGCGUAAAAUGACAUAAAUAUCAGAAAG